AUGGCGAACCCCGUUCGUCGAACUCUCUGUAGAUUAUCUUGCCUUCUCAACCGUCAUCUCUCUUUCAGCAAAAUUCUUCAACAACCACAACCCUCGUAUACUCUUGCAAGACCCACGUAUCAGCUGCAAGACCCACAAAAUUGUUUUUGUGCAAGUAUUGGCCGGUUGCGGAGAAGCUUCAGUCACGGGUCGGUGAGUUUGGUGAUAUCACCACUGGGCAGCCCCAAGUUUGAGACCCAUGAAAUUGAUCCCCCAAAGAAAGAGAAGUGGAAGAGGAAGAAGAGGUUGAAAGUCCAGAGAAAGAGGGAGAAGCAGAAGAGAAAGGCGGCAAAUAAGAGAGACCCUCGAAGACUCGGAGUGAAGGGCAAGAACAGGAGGCAGAAAUUUGCUAAUGCAGAGGAGAGGAUCAAAUACAAGCUUGACAAUGUAUGUAUCUAUUUCUUAACAGAAUCGAAUCUGCUUAUGAAAGCGCUUAUUCAUUUGUAUGUUUAA